UUGUGCGUUUUCAUUACUCCAGUUUGGUCUUUAAACCCUGAGCAGCUUCCACCUUGAGAAUAGCACAGGGAAACUUCCUCAACAUGUCUAUCCGGAGGUUCUGGAGCAGCCCGAAAACGUUGGGAGACGUCAACGUGGUGACAGAGGAGCUGAAGAAAUUUUAUUACAAGAGGCUGCUGCCGAUCGAGAAGCACUACUCGUUUCAUCACUUUCACUCCCCAAGCUGGGAGGAUGCAGAUUUUGACAACAAGCCAAUGGUACUGGUGAUGGGUCAGUACUCGACGGGAAAAACGACUUUUAUUAGGUAUCUCCUAGAGGAAGACUUCCCUGGCAGCAGAGUUGGGCCAGAGCCAACCACUGACUGCUUCACCGCACUCAUGUAUGGAGAGGAGGAGCAAGUCAUCCCUGGUAACGCUAUCACGGUGGAUCCAAAGAAACCCUUUCGCAACCUUGACCUAUUUGGAAAUUCUUUUCUGAACAGAUUUCAGUGUGUCCAGACGCCAAAUCCAGUCCUCGAGAAUAUCAGCAUAAUUGACACACCCGGUAUCUUAACUGCGGCUAAACGAAAAUUUAGCCGAGGCUAUGACUUCCAAGCAGUACUGCGCUGGUUUGCAGAGCGUGUGGAUCGGAUCAUCCUGCUGUUCGAUGCACACAAACUGGAGUUCUCUGAUGAGCUCACCAGGGCCUUUGGGGCUCUGUACGGCUAUGAGGACAAGCUGCGUGUGGUUCUCAACAAAGCUGACAGGGUGGACUCUCAGCAGCUCAUGAGAGUGUAUGGUGCCCUCAUGUGGUCGCUGGGGAAAGUGUUCCGAACCCCUGAAAUCUUACGGGUUUAUAUUGGAUCGUUCUGGUCAGAGCCGAGGCAGAGGUGCGACCACUACGAGCUAAUAGAGCUGGAGGAAGAGGAUCUGCUGACGGAUAUAAGGAAUCUGCCACGCAACGCUGCAGUGCGAAAGCUGAAUGACCUGGUGAAGAGAGCACGUUUUGUCAGGGCUCAUGCACACAUUAUCAGCUAUCUGAAGCAGGCGAUGCCAACCAUCUUUUGUAAAGAAAGGAAGAAGCACAGUCUGAUCUAUGAGCUUCCUGUUAUUUUCACCAAGAUUCAGCAACAGCAUCGAGUCCCAGCUGGUGACUUCCCUGAUUGCACCAAGAUGCAGGAGAAACUUCUGGGUCAAGAUUUCUCGAAGUUCAAGUCUCUGAAGCCAAGCCUGAUGAGGUCUUUGGACAAACUGUUAACCAUAGACAUAGCUGGUCUGGUUAUGUUACUCCAGCAGCAAGAGCAGAAGAAGAAAUCGCUACCUGCCGUGUUGGAUGGGGAAUUUUUGGGAACAUUCCGGCGUGAGCAGUUCAGCGGAGAUCCAUUUAAGGAAAUGCUUAAAGAUGAUGAGAUCAGUGAAGCAGACUCCGAUGAAUGGGUUGUAGAGAAAUACAAACCUAAAUACGAUGAGAUCUUCUAUAACCUAAGUCCACACGCUGGCAAACUCAGUGGCACCAAAGUCAAACGGUGGAUGACAACCACUCAUUUGCCCAAUUCUGUGCUUGCUCACAUCUGGAGGCUGUCAGAUAUAGACAGGGAUGGCAUGCUGGACAAUGAGGAAUUUGCCCUGGCAGUCCACCUCAUUGAGGGAAAGCUGGACGGACACUGGCUGCCCAGAGAGCUUCCUUCCCACCUUGUGCCGCCUUCUAAACGGCUCAGCACAUCAAGCGACACAACGGUGUAAUCUGCUCAUCAAAACCAAAUGGAAGACUGAGGAGACAUCACAUGUAAAAUAUUCACAAAAUAUUUUAAACAAAGCUGAUCAUACUGAUUUGGGGUCCAGAGAAACUUGUUUGCAAUGUUUUAUAUUUUCAUAAUCUUAUUACUGUUUAUUCUGGCAGAUAUCAAGUGUAAUGCAUUUAUGAAUAACAUUUAUGUUGUAAUUACAUUAAGUUUAACACUUUUCCACCAUUAUAAUACAGUCUGUCCUUCAACUUUC